CGUAAGUGACGCGGACUCUCGAGAAGGCAGAGCCAAAAGCGGACUAGGGCAGGAGGAGCUGUGGCUGAAGGCAGAGUGGCAGAAAAGCCGAGGGUCAGGAGCCGAGAAGCGACUCUGGCUUACAGGUCCCGAAAACACCCUUGUAGGGACCCACUUUGUGAUCAGCAAGGAAGGGCAGGGGUGGCAAAGGCUCAUGCCCCCAUUUUACAGCUCAGCCAUCUCAACAAUCCACCCUUCCGCAAAAGAAGAGCACAAAGGAGGAAGGCAUGUACACUGUUUUCCUCAUAGUGUGACUCCAGGUUUCUUCUUGGAAAGCCUGUUCUUUGACCAGAUGGCAGUAACAUUUGAAGAUGUCACUGUUAUUUUUACUUGGGAGGAGUGGAAAUUCCUGGAUUCUUCUCAGAAAAAGAUCUACAGGGAGGUCAUGUGGGAGAACUACACAAAUGUCAUGUCAGUAGGACACUGGAAUGAGAGCUACAAACCCCAAGGACACAGAUUCAGAUAUUUAGAAUAUGAAAAUUUUUCCUGCUGUCAAGGCUGGCAGAAUGCUGGCUUUCAGAUAUAUGAGAGUCAGAACUAUGAGGAGAUUGUUCAGCAGGUUGAUUCCAAAGACCCAACUCAGCAAGACCUUUCCCAGUGUCAAGAAUGGUUAAUACUCUCUACUCAAGUACCAGGGUAUGGGAACUAUGAACUGACUUUUGAAGGCAAAAGUCCCAGGAACUUAAAAUAUAAAAAGUCUAUACCUUGGCAGUCCUUAGAAACAAAAACCGCUCAAGACAAUGGUAGAAAAAUCUACUCGAGUGAUUUACAUGGUUUUCAAGGGGGUAGAUACCAUCUUGGCAUAUCCAGGAAAAAUCUCUCCAUGGAAAAAGAACAGAAGCUCAUAGUUCAGCAUUCUUACAUCCCAAUGGAAGAAGCCCUUCCAGAGUACAUUGGGGAGAUACGCCAAAAUGACCUGCUGAAAGACCCAAUGGAAGAGAUAUACUGUGGCUGUAAUAAAUGUGAAGAAAUUUAUUAUUGGAACUCAGAGUGUGUUCACCACAAGAGAAAUCAAUUUGGAGGAAAGCUCUAUCAGUGCUCCAUCAGCACAGCAUACUUCUCUCAGAGAUCAGACUUGUAUAGACAUCCAAGAAUCCACAUAGGUGAGAAGCUGUAUGGAUGUGAUGAAGUUGGCAGUAACGUUAGUCAGAGCUCAGGAGUUCACUUUCAUCAGAGAGUUCCCACAGGGGAGGUACCUUGUAUCUGCAAUGCAUGUGGUAAGAGCUUCAGUCAGAUUUCUGGUCUUCACAGUCAUCAAAGAGUGCACACAGAAGAGAAACUCUAUAAAUUUGAGUGUGAUAAGGACCCCAGUAAAAAUUCAUUACUUCACAUUCACCAGAGACUUCACAUAGGAGAAAAGCCUUUUAAGUGCGAUCAGUGUGGUAAGAGUUUUAGUCGGAGUUCAGUACUUCAUGUUCAUCAGAGAGUCCACACAGGAGAGAAACCAUAUAAGUGUGAUGAGUGUGGUAAGGGCUUCAGUCAGAGCUCAAAUCUUCGAAUUCAUCAGUUAGUACACACAGGAGAGAAGUCCUAUAAAUGUGAGGACUGUGGUAAGGGCUUUACCCAGCGCUCAAAUCUUCAAAUUCACCAGAGAGUGCAUACAGGAGAGAAGCCUUAUAAAUGUGAUGACUGUGGAAAGGACUUUAGUCACAGCUCAGAUCUUCGCAUUCAUCAGAGGGUCCAUACAGGGGAGAAACCCUAUACAUGUCAUCAGUGUGGGAAGGGCUUCAGCAAGAGUUCAAAGCUUCACACUCAUCAAAGAGUACAUACUGGAGAGAAACCCUAUAAAUGUGAAGAGUGUGGUAAGGGAUUCAGUCAGCGUUCACAUCUCCUCAUUCAUCAGAGAGUCCAUACAGGAGAAAAACCCUAUAAAUGUGAUGAUUGUGGAAAAGGCUUUAGUCACAGCUCUAAUCUUCACAUUCAUCAGAGAGUUCAUACCGGAGAGAAGCCUUAUCAAUGUGCUAAGUGUGGUAAGGGUUUCAGUCACAGCUCAGCUCUUCGAAUUCAUCAGAGAGUCCACACAGGAGAGAAACCUUAUAAAUGCCAUGAGUAUUAUAAGGGAUUUGAUCAUAAUUCACAUCUUCACAGUAAUCACAGAAGAGAAACUUUAUAAAUCAUGUUCAUUUAGUUAACAGCUUUAAUGAAAGCUUAACUUUUAAACCCAGUAAGUGUUGCUGGGAAGGAAAUCCUGUAAAUAACACAAGUAAUCCCCAAGCAACAUUUAUAGUUUCCCCCAACUCCCACUAAAAAUUAUUUACUUCAAGAGGAGAUCCUUAGGAGGAUUUCUAUGUAUUUAAAAUUAAAGUGCAUUUUCUUUAUUAUAAAUAUAAUACAUAGUCACAAUAAUAUAUAUAAAAAAUUUAAGGAGAAAACUUCAUCCUGUUUCAUUCUAGUCUCUGUGCAUUUUAAUGUGCAUGAAAUCAUACUGUAUGUUAAACUUUGUAUUUUCACUGACUUCAAAACAUUUACUGAAAUGUUGGUUUGAAUUGAAACAGGCUAGCCAUCUCUGAAACAGCAUCUCGUGACUCCCCU